AUGUUCGCAAGCCUGUUAUUGUUUUCGUUUGGCUCGAAAUGGUCGCGCCGGUAAUGGAUAUUAUAGUAAUCGGUUGCGGUGCGUCGGGCAUUGCAGCCCUUCGACGUCUCCAUGAAGCCGGUCUCAAAGUUCUUGGUCUGGAGGCUGCUGAUAGAAUUGGAGGUAGAAUAAGCACUGUGGAAUAUGGCGACUGCUAUCUUGAUUUGGGUGCUGCAUGGUGUCAUGGCGAAAAGGACAAUGUUGUAUUUGAAAUGGCCAAUCCACUAGGUCUCCUUGCGAGGCCAAAACCUGAUCAUAAGAACUUCCUUUUGUCAAAUGGAGAUUUAAUACCGACUGAGACAGGUGAAAAGCUUCUCCAGAUUUUGAAUGAUGAAGUAGGAAAAGCUGAUAAAAAUAAUUCUAAAUCCAUUUCAGAGUGUAUUCGUAAUGCGGCAAAAACAAACCCAGAAUUCCGAAAGGAGUCAAAACUAGCGCAAGCACUUAUUGAAUGGUACGAAAGAAACAAUCAUUUAGGUGGUCAAAGUGAUCCAAAAACGGGAAAAUCGCUUAAAGGACUUGAAGAAUGGUGGGUGUGUGAAGGCGAAUUUUUUCUGAACUGGAAAGGAAAAGGUUACAGGACUGUCUUGGAUCUUUUAUUGAAUAAAUACCCCGAUGCUUCAAAAGAACUUCCGAUUCCCAUCCAUCUCAACAAAGAAGUAGAAAACAUUAAAUGGUGCACGAGUAAACCAGACUUACAACGUGGCAAUCCUCUAGUACAGAUAAAAUGCAAAGAUGGCAGCCUGUAUGCAGCUAAAAGCGUUAUAAUAACAGUUUCUAUUGGAGUUCUGAAAGAGCGACAUAGCCAGUUAUUCAGCCCACAGUUACCAGCGGAGAAAAUCAACUCGAUAAACAACCUCGAUUUUUGUCUACUCGAUAAAAUUUAUAUCGAAUUUACCAAACCGUGGUGGCCGAAAUUUCCCUCAAAUUUUAACAUUUUAUGGAGGGAUGAAGACAAAGCAAAGUUUACAAAUCAAGAACGAUGGAUCACAGAAAUGUUUGGAUUCAAUACUGUGGAAUAUCACCCUAACUUGCUCCUUGCGUGGAUAUAUGGGAAAGGUGCGAUAGAAAUGGAGAAAGUUAGUGAAGAACAAGUCAAAGCCGGCGUUGAGAAGUUGAUGCAAGUGUUGUUUAGCAAAGAAUUCCAACUGAAUCCUGUGAAGUCUAUAAUAAGGUCACAAUGGGGAUCCAAUCCUCUCGCCAGAGGAUCCUAUUCCUACCGUAGUAUCAAGACAGAAGAAAACGGCGUCAGCGCUAUAACUUUAAGUGAGCCUUUAUACCACGGCAACGGUUUUCCGGUGGUUUGUUUUGCAGGCGAGGCUACUUCGCAUCACAGGCAUAAUGCUGUCCACGGUGCAAUUGAGGCAGGCUUGAGGGAAGCCGAUAGAUUGAUUGAAAAAUUCAAAGGCUGCCCGGUAAUGGAUAUUAUAGUAAUCGGUUGCGGUGCGUCGGGCAUUGCAGCCCUUCGACGUCUCCAUGAAGCCGGUCUCAAAGUUCUUGGUCUGGAGGCUGCUGAUAGAAUUGGAGGCAGAAUAAGCACUGUGGAAUAUGGCGACUGCUAUCUUGAUUUGGGUGCUGCAUGGUGUGCUGGCGAAAAGGACAACAUAGUAUUUGAAAUGGCCGAGCCACUAGGUCUCCUUGCAAGACCAAAACCUGAUCAUAAAUACUUCUUUAUGUCAAAUGGAGAUUCAGUAUCAACUGAGACUGGUGAAAAACUUCUCCAGAUUUUGGAUGAAGAAGUAGCAAAAGCUGACAAAAAUAAUGCUAAAUCCAUUUCAGAGUGUGUUCGUAAUGCGGCAAAAACGAACUCAGCACUCCAAAAAGAUUCAAAACUAGCACAAACACUUACUGAAUGGUACGAAAGAUUCAAUCAUGUAGGAGGUCAAAGUGAUCCAAAAACGGGCAAAUCACUUAAAGGACUUGAAGAAUGGUGGGUGUCUGAAGGAGAAUUUUUUCUGAACUGGAAAGGAAAAGGUUAUAGAACUGUCUUGGAUCUUUUAUUGAAUAAAUACCCCGAUGCUUCAAAAGAACUUCAAAUCCCCAUCCAUCUUAAAAAAGAAGUAGAAAAUAUUGAAUGGUCUGUGAGUGAACCAGACUUAAAGGAUGGCAAUCCUCUAGUACAGAUAAAAUGCAAAGAUGGCAGCCAGUAUUCAGCUAAAAGCGUUAUAAUAACACUUUCUGUUGGGGUUCUGAAAGAGCGACAUAGCCAGUUAUUCAGCCCGCAGUUGCCAGCGGAGAAAAUCAACUCGAUAAACAACCUCGAUGUUUGUGUACUCGAUAAAAUUUACAUUGAGUUUACCAAACCGUGGUGGCCGGAAUUUCCCUCAAAUUUUAACAUUUUAUGGAGAGAUGAAGACAAAGCAAAGUUUACAAAACAGGAAAGAUGGAUCACGGAAAUCUUUGGAUUCAAUACUGUGGAAUAUCACCCUAACUUGCUCAUUGCGUGGAUAUAUGGGGAAGGUGCGAUAGAGAUGGAGAAAGUCAGUGAAGAAGAAGUCAAAGCCGGCGUUGAGAAGUUGAUACAGGUGUUGUUUAGCAAAGAAUUCCAACUGAAUCCUGUGAAAUCUAUAUUAAGGACAAAAUGGGCAUCCAACCGUUUCGCCAGAGGAGCCUACGCCUACCGUAGUAUCAAGACAGAAGAAAACGGUGCCGGCGCUAUAGCUUUAAGCGAGCCUUUAUACGACGGCAACGGUUUUCCGGUGGUUUGUUUUGCAGGCGAGGCUACUUCGCAUCACAGGCAUAAUGCUGUCCACGGUGCAAUUGAGGCAGGCUUUAGGGAAGCCGAUAGAUUGAUUGAAAAGUUCAAAGAAACAAAAUAAAAUGUUAGUUAUAAUCUCAUUAUAUUUAAGCCUAGCAUUGUUCUGUUUAAGCCGAUGCGAAAAAAAAAAAAAAAAAACAUUUUGUCUAUGAAUUUUAUAUAUAAAGAGAAAUUUUAUGUAUUUUGAUACACAAUUUCAUGACAUACUAAAGGUGUUUUUAUGUGUAGAACAUAGAUCAAACCCAUAAGAAUAGCCUGCUAUUUUGUUAUACAUAGUGAGUAAUACAGUCAUUACAUGCAUUUAUAUAUGAAUUUUACUCCAGUAUGAUUUCCUAGAACAACUUUAUGAAAAAAUGUGAUAAUUUUUCAAUACUAAAUUGUAUUUUUACAAUUUCAGUGGAUCUAAAAAGCCCAAUGAACUCUUAAAAGACAUGUCUUUUUGUUGAAUUUCUUUAACAAACUAUUAUUUACUAUGUUAAGGUAAUUGUUUUAACAUACCUACUAGAAAAAUGUCUUUAUUAUUUGCGAUACAAUCUAUAAAAAAAAAUAUGUGGCCUUUAUUGAUGUUAAAUGUAGCAGAAUGAUUGUUAAUUUUUUGUCAGGUCUUCGAUUUGAUGUGAAAUAUGUGUAGCGAAUUGUUUAACAUUAACAAAAUAGUAUAUUUUAUUGGCAAAAAACUUGUGCCACAUAGUGUUAUGAAAAUUAUGUGAGAUUUUUUUCUUUUACAACUUAUGUAUAUUUGGUCCUUACACUAAGACAUUAAUAAAAAAAUAAGCAAAUCUU